CUGUCACUGUUUGUUUGUUAGUAACUCUUAAAAGUGCUGUGGUUGUUUGACGCCGUGUGGUCAUCGUGAUAUAAAAUCAAUUUUUGAAGCUAUAUAUGUAAAGAUUGUGAAUUAAGAAAUGUGCGUGUAGGAGAUAAAACGCUAGUCGUUUGAAAUUGUCAUAUCAGAUCCUGAAGUUUCAAUGUCCAGAUCAAUUAAUUGUUCUAACACUAAUUUCCAUCCCUUAUGUUGGAACCAAUAGCAGGAACCACUUCUUCGAAUUAAUGUCUUCCCAUCGAUAUACACAUCGUUGGGUAGGGUGGUCAGUAGCGGAGCAUGUCCGGGAGAGCUUUUGUAGGAUCAAGUGGCACCUACAACGUGCGCGCCUCAGAACUAGCUCGAGAAAAACGUGUCAAAACUAUUAGAUGCAUUGUAUAUUUCCUGGACGAUUCUCAGCAGACCUUUGAAGUGGAUAAACGAAGCAAGGGACAACAUCUGUUAGAUAUGGUUUUCCAGCAUUUGGAGUUAAUUGAAAAAGAUUAUUUUGGCUUGCAAUUUUCUGAUAAUGAUCAUUCAUCUGACUCAAUGAGAUGGCUGGAUGCAUCAAAAUAUAUUAGAAAGCAAAUUAAAUUGGGCCCACCUUAUUUGUUAUAUUUUAGAGUUAAGUUUUAUGUCUGUGAUCCCAGUAAACUGCAUGAAGAAUACACAAGGUAUCACUUCUUUCUCCAGUUAAAGAAGGAUAUUCUUGCUGGUAAACUUGUAGUUCCUGCUGCUACCUCUGUGUUAUUAGCUAGUUAUGCUGUUCAGUCUGAAAUCGGAGAUUUCAAUCCUGAAGAGCACAAGAAUAGAUAUUUGGCAGAUCUAAGAUUAAUUCCUAAUCAGACUGAAGAGAUGGAGAAAAAAAUUGCUGAGCUGCACAAAUUACAUAAAGGCCAAACACCUGCAGAUGCUGAGUACAAUUUCUUAGAUCAUGCCAAACGAUUGGACAUGUACGGGGUUGAUUUACAUAGGGCAAGGGUAAGGGAUUCGACCAAUUCUGAUAUUCAGUUGGGUGUGACAUCCUCUGGUCUUGUUGUCUUUCAAAAUAAUUUAAAAAUCAACACGUUUUCAUGGGCCAAAAUUGUUAAAAUUUCAUUUAAAAGAAAGCAGUUUUUUAUCCAGUUAAGAAGAGAAGGAACAGAAACAUAUGACAGUCUACUAGGCUUCAAUAUGUUGAGUUACCGGUCAUGUAAAAAUCUAUGGAAAUCUUGUGUAGAGCACCAUACGUUUUUUCGUUUACACGUGCCAAGGCCUCCUAGGAAGCGUCUAUUGUUUAGUUUAGGUUCAAAAUUCAGAUACAGUGGAAGGACAGAAUAUCAGACUCUAGAAGAUGGAAAACAUAAAGCAAGGACGGAACGAAUAUUUACAAGGUCUCCAAGUAAGAGAUUUGCCAGGCAGACUGUACCUCAAGUGACAAGGGAAGUACUCGAUGGCUGGGAGAAAAAAAUAUCAAAACCAGUUGCCAGAAUGAAUGGUACAUCAUCUUCACAUAUCCGCCCAUAUGACAGCUUCAGUCAUAAAAUCCAGGUGUCUGAGCCAGAAUACAGACCUAGAAAAGCUUGGGCUGAGACACCAAGUCCAGAAAUAACUGCCUUCACACCAUCCAUUCCGCCCAAAUUAAUUAAUUAUGUUGAUGACGACACUGCCACUGAUGAUCUGUAUGAAAUGUCAUCAUAUAUGUCAGAAACAGCUGUGACAAAUGGUCAUGAAGAAUCACAGGGUUUAGCAACUAUCAGAAUGAAGCCUGAUGAUCAAGGCCGGUUUGGAUUUAAUGUGAAGGGUGGAGCAGAUCAGAACCUUCCAAUAUUGGUAUCUAGAGUUGCACCAAAUACUCCAGCAGAUACUUGCAUUCCUAGGUUAAAUGAAGGUGAUCAAGUACUUAUGAUCAAUGGUAGAGAUGUUGCUGGUUUGACACAUGAUCAGGUUGUGAAACUUAUACGGGCAUCUAGAGAGCGUCAUCCAGCAGAAUUACUUUUGACUGUGCGGCCAAAUGUGUAUGUGGGAGAAGACGUGGAGGAGCCAGAUUUUCAAUAUAUUCCUGAUGCGCGUCAUGUUUCUUCCAAAGUUCCCCGCUCGGAUGUCCUUUCUGAAUCUAUGCUAUUACUCAGUGAUGGACUUGAGAGCGGUGCUACGAUAGCUCAGUUUGAACAAUUGUACCGGAAGAAGCCUGGCAUGAGUAUGAACAUAGCAAAGUUGCCUGAAAAUUUAAACAAAAAUAGGUACCGAGACAUAUCGCCAUAUGACAGCACUAGAGUUGUAUUACUUGGUAGUCCUAGUGGGGAUUAUAUAAAUGCAAGUCAUGUUCAUAUGGAAAUUCCUACGUCAGGAAUUGUCAACAGAUAUAUUGCAACUCAAGGGCCUCUGCCGACCACUACAUUUGAUUUUUGGCUUAUGGUUUGGGAGCAGCAAUCUACAUUAGUAGUGAUGGUUACAACUCUGAUGGAACGAGGCAGAUCAAAGUGCCAUAAAUAUUGGCCAAAGCUGUAUGAAGCUUUAGAAAUCGGUUUCCUUCAAGUAACUUGUAUACGAGAACAGGAGACUUCAUCUUUCGCAUUUAGAGAGUUUACAUUAAUAAAUACAGAGAAUAAAGAGGAAAGGCAUAUUACUCAUAUGCAAUACACAGCUUGGCCAGAUCAUGGAGUUCCAGAUGAUGCCUCAGAUUUUCUAGAUUUUGUCAUGCAAGUUAGACAGAACAGGGUUGGCAUGGUUGAAUCUGCAAUAGUCCACUGCAGUGCUGGUAUUGGACGUACUGGUGUACUAAUACUAAUGGAGACUGCAAUGUGCCUUAUUGAAGCAAAUGAACCUGUUUAUCCACUUGACAUAGUAAAGGCCAUGCGAGACCAGAGGGCAAUGCUGAUUCAAACGACUAGUCAAUAUAAAUUUGUCUGUGAAGCCAUCUUGAAAGUGUACAAUGAGAGAAUAGUGAAACCUCUGAAAGAAUACCAAAGGUGAAAAUAAAUUCUUUUUCUUGGUGGGACAGACUCAGCUGAUUGCCUUCAGUGCCUCUCUAAUUGGCUUCCAUGAACAUAAGAUGCACAUACAUUGAUUCUUCCUGGUGAAGAUAGCAUUCAUCAUCAAAGAGUCAAAAGAUACUAUUGGAUUUUGCAGUCUUCAUGGAACUGUUUACAAAUUUUCAAAGAUUACUACCUGUGAAAGUGAUUGCUUGAUGUUAGAGUUUUUUGGACAUUGAUAGUCUUCAGUUUGAUUAGGUUUCAGAACUGUUUUAAAUAAUGCAUUGUUGGUGCUUUUGUUAACUUGUAGCUAGCCCUCAGCCAAUGCCAUGUUUACCAUGGGCCUAGUUCUUCGUACGUUUGUAUGGGUUUUAUUUUUGUAGAAUGUUUAUACAUUUGUACAUAUAAAAAUAUAAGUGUAGAUAUUUUGUACUUUGGUGUAAGGAGUUCUUUUAAUGUUAAUAGUGUACAUCACUCCUUCAAAUUUAAUGGUGUUCUUUAUCUUACUUUGUGAAAACAAAAUCUCUGAAAGUAUUACUCUGUAUAGAAAAAAACAUGUAGGUAUGAUGUAAAGCUUGAGUUGAAGUUGUAAAUAAGGUUAUUGCACUGAAACUGAAAUUAUUUUUUAAACAUUUAACCAAAAAUAUUAAUUGAUCAUGACUUGCUUCAUUUAAUUUAUUGGUUGGUUUUCAAUUCUGUUUUACAGUUUCUAAUUACAUAAUUAGUCUAAAUUUUUUCUAAAUGUGCAAGAUUUAUUCCCAAAUAUCAAAAAAAAAUUACUGAUGAAUUGAAACAUAUUUACUGAUUGGGUUCUUUUUAUGUUUUUUCCUGAUAUAAUAUUGUCAUAUUGAUGCAUUAGAUUAGUUUAAUGUUGCAUUGGUAUCUGAGUGCCAUACUCAAUUAUAUAUGUUUCAGCAAUAACUAUAUUUAUCACUCUGAAAUAAAAGUGUAUUCAGUUAUUAUUUUCAAAGUAAUGAAGUUAAAUUAUGAAUUAUGACUUUUUACUCACAAAAAAAUUUUUUUCCACAUGGAACAUUUUGAAAAAAGAAUAAAAUACGACUCUUAGGAUUCCUGUAAAAAGUUUUUUUUUUCCUUGUUUGUUUCAUUCAUGCUGUUUUAAAUCUCGCAAUUUAGCAAUUCACAUUCUUAGUUUGUAUUGAAUUAUUUCUGUUUAGUUUGCAAAAUUAAAACCACACUAUAAUCUUUAUAUCUGAAAGAAAUACAUAUCUAAAAGAAAUAUUACAGAUUUUUGUAUUUUGAAAAAAUAAAUCAUCUUAUGGUUUCUGGUUAUAUUUUUUACUUUUACGAAUGAUAAUGUUCAAUUAUUUUAGCUUGGUUAAUAGUAAAAAUGUACCACAUGUAUUAUUGAAACCAUCUUUUCAUUCAAUGAAAAGAUCAUACCCUCUUAAUUUUUUUAGUAGUGGAGAAAAUUUUAGUAUCAAUGUGUUAAAUGAAUCUUUGCAAACUAUAAACUUCCUUGUGUCAGAUAUAUCUAUGUUAAAUUGUCAAAUGUUAUGAAUGAAAAAUGUGGAUAUUAAAUUCUUUUUCAUUAAUACAAAUAAUGAUCUUUAACUAUUUGCUUGCCUUCUCUUUUUAUGAACUUUUUAUAUCCUUUGCUUAACUGUUUUUAAUACAUGAACAUGAGUUUUUUUAAAUACUUACUGAAAUUUCAUAGUCAACUUUUUUAAAGUUUAUUAAGAUAGAAAUUUGUUUUUUAUAGUUUUUAUACACUAUUUUAUACAUAGUAUAUGAUGCUAUAUUACAUUUUGUUUUCUUAAUUAGAAGGAUUUAGAAAAAUUAUAAUAGUUUAACACUUUGCCGUCCUGAGGUACCUACCAUGUUGGUGUUGCAUGAAAAUUUGCAUAUAGUGUUAUUUCUGGCAAAUUGUUAGUGAAUAUAAGAUCAGUGUAAGAUGUACCAGUUGCACACAGAAGUAUUUCCGAUAUUAUUAAAGACGUCAAAGUGUUAAAAUUGAUAUCCAAACAGGCUUCCUAAUAACAGCACUAUUAUUUGUUGUAAUAAAUGAAAAAUAUGUGCAGUUUAAUAUGCUAUGAUAUUUCAUGAUCUUUCUCCAAAGUAUGAAGUAAAGAUGUACCUGUCUGAAAGUUCAGAAGAAAAAUGUGAAAAUAAAAUUGUUAUGAAAGAUA